AGCUUGUCGACACUUCAAAACGAAUCCGUGCAUCCAACCACCCGGAACAGCAUUGUUUGACUACCGACCGUCGCUGCUGCUCUAUGUGGCCUUCCGAUAUCUGACUAGCACCUAGCACCUGGGUCGCUACAGCAACACGCACGCGCUAAACCAGUCGAUUCAAAUCACUAAAAUUACGCCAAGGGAUAUUAGAAAAAUAUAUUUUGAAAAUUACUCCCUGCGAUGCACGCUUAUUUUACGAAUUAUAUAUUUUUUUCAUGCUGUUGCUCGCUCCUUAUAUAAUUUUACAAUCUCGGUCUUCAUCCCUGACACUGUAAGUUUCGCCUUAAUUUACAUACUUCUACCUGAUUAUAAGAACGUCAGAAUAAUGUAAAUCAGUAAACGUCGUACCAUAUACGAUUAUGCGUAAUUUGUUACAACUGCGAUGCGUGAGACAAGUUCGUAUAGUUUUACAAAAUAUAAACCCAGAAGAUUUGUCUACUAAUCGAAAUUUACAAGACAUCGUGUACAUUAUAAAAAUCUAAUAAUUAAACGUAAUUAUAUGCAUUUGCAAUGUUGCUCGAUAUCUUUAUACAUUUAAUUAUGUCGCUUGCGCAUCGAGAGGGUUCGUUCGAAAUCGAUUAAGCGCAACACGUCUAAAGUUAGUAAAGUCAAGACUGGCCAUGAACUUUGAAUAUCGUGGAAUAAUAUCACGUGCGUCAUAACAACGUGAAAGCACGUUAUCGUGUUCGCAACAGAGAGAUUUGUCAACUUUAAACUGGUUAACCGGCUCCUAGCUCACUCUGUGACUUCGAAUGUUAUUCAAUUUUUGUACACACACUUGUGCGAAAAAUGGCAAUAAAUGCUGCCAAAGCUGUUUUAAAACCAGGGAAGACUGUUCUACUAAUAUGUGACUUCCAAGAGGGAUUCUCCAAAGUUAUGUACGAAUACGAUAAAGUUGUACAGAAUGCCGCAAAAUUGGUGAAAGCGUUAAAAACUUUAAAUGUGCCCAUGAUCGUUGCUGAGCAGUACCCAAAGGCUCUAGGUAAAACAAAUUCUCAACUUGAUAUUACUGAUGCUAAAGGACCAUUUGCAAAGACUAAAUUCAGUAUGUCUUUACCUGAGAUAAAUGAAGAACUUUCAACAAUUUGCUGUGGUCAAAAACCAGAAUCAAUUAUUCUCUUUGGGAUUGAGACCCAUGUGUGUGUAGAAAAUACUGCAGUUGAUUUAAGACAGAAUGGAUAUGAAGUGCACACUAUUGCAGAUUGUUGUACUUCGCGUACUCAAGAAGACAGAUUAUUAGCUUUCGAGAGAAUGAGAGGAAUAGGAUGUCAUAUAGCUACAUCGGAGAAUGUCAUCUUUAAAUUAGUAGGAGAUGCAAAGCACAAGGAAUUUAAAAAUAUUCAACGUAUUGUAAAAACACCAAUUCUACCUACAAAUCUAAUUCCACAUUCGAAAUUGUAGGUAUUGAUUCACAAUAAUGAACAAAGGAAAAACAUUUCCCUGUGCCAUGCUUAGCAUUUAGGAAUACUUUUUGUAAAAUGUAUACAAAAUAUUUUUAUUUAUGUAUUGAUACUGAACAGAAAAAUAUAUAAAUGAGACUUAUGAUAUUUCACAGAA